AUCUGUUUUUCUUUUCAUGCAGACACCACAGUCAGCACAUCGACUUGCACCAUGAACAAAACAUACCAGCUGUCUUCUCAAGAGGAAAUGGCCCCUUCAGAGUUUGAUGGUGGGACAGUGGUGGCGUGUGUGAUCCUUGGUUUGUCCUUCCUGGCUGGAGCUCCUGGGAACCUGCUGGUGAUCUGGACCAUCCUGAGACAUGUUGAAAAGCGCUCUCACACAGUGGUGAUUAUUCUACACCUGGCUGUUGCGGACCUGCUUGUCCUCAUCACCCUGCCUCUGUGGAUCUACUCUCUGGCCUACUCCUGGAUAUUUGGGGUGGUAUCUUGCAAAGCCAUGGUGUUCAUGAUCAACACGUGUAUGUACAGCAGCGUUUUCCUCAUCACCCUCAUGAGCGUGGAGCGUUUUGUGGCUGUGCGAUAUCCCUUUGCUUCAGCUCACUGGAAGAGGAAACAAGCUCUAAAUAAAGUACUGCUGGUUCUGUGGAUUGCAGCACUCUUGUUCAGCAUACCUGUCAUCCCAACUCAGAUUGUUGACAAAGAUUCUGGUAAGGAUAGCUGCCUGUACCGUGAAUAUACUUCGGUGACCCAGGAACUGGUGUGUGUCUUGUUAGAGACACUGGUUGGCUACAUAAUACCCUUCUCCAUCCUUGUGGUCUGCUAUGGCUGCCUCUGCAGCCGGAUUACUCGGAUGACUCUCAAAUCCAAACGCAAGUCCACCAUCCUGAUCGCCAGUGUCGUGGUUGCAUUUGGCAUUUGCUGGACACCUCAUCACAUAGGAAAUAUCCUCUCGCUGAUCAUCCUGGGAACUGAAAACUCCUACAAGGAUGUAGCAGAACAUUUGGAAAACGUGAGGACCACUAUGGUUUUUGUCACUGGAGCCAUGGUCUUUAUCAGCAGCACAGUUAACCCCAUCCUCUACAUGUUUGCAGCUCGCUCCUUCAGGAGCUCCCUCCGUGACACGGGCAUCCAGAAGCUCUUCCGCCACAUCUCGAGCACCUCCCCAGGUGAGGGCAACAGGGAGGUGUCCUAUGUGUCCAAGAGACCCAGCAAUCAGACCAGCACCUCUCAUGUGCUAUCUGAGUCAAAAGAUCAAAUAGGUGUGUUGAUGACAAUGUGUGAAAACAAUCCAUCUGGGCAGUGAAAUUGAACAAUGUCUGUUUGGUCUGUGUAGAUACUCCUGUGUACUCAGUAUUCUUUUUCUGAAUAAAAUAAAUGUUGAAACACUGAUGUUUAUUUGUAUGAAAUUGCAACAAAAAAUAACAAGUAUAUCUGUGCUACACUUGCCUAACUUAAUAAAUUACCAAUUUUGCAUGUUUGUAUUGUGAAUAUAUUUAUAGAAAUGCUAUACGUUUUGUACUAAAUGUCCAUAAUGACAUGGGCCAAAUAACCAAUAAAAAAUUCUUUAUGUAAAUAAUGUCUCAGUUUUGUAAAAUACAGUUUGUUUCAAUUACUUUGUUGAUUCCAUCAAAGAGAAAAUUAAUAAAUAAGUUCAAACCGCCUGUAAGUGUGGGAUUAUGAUUAGACAAAGCACAGUGGUUGUUAUUUCCUGUUAUUGCAUCUUUCAUUUAUUUAUUUAUAUGACCACAAGGAGAACUUCAUCAGAAAUCUGUCUGGCUGCUUUAAUAUAAGGAUUUGAACAUUUGUAACCUUUUUGCCUCAUUCUGUAACAUUUCUGAUAAACUUUUUAAUCUGAUAAUAUUUUAUAAAGGUGUUCUUUUUUCAGCCAUGGCAGAUUAAAAUUGACCUAAUAGUCUACUUCAGACAAUAGUCAUGCUUUCAACUUCCUCUCGAUGAGUAGAUUGCCAAAUGAAGACUAACGUGUUUCCUUUGCUAAGCAGCAAAAAAGCGGAAUUGUGCCCUGAUGUUUGUCACAUUUGCACAUGUUGGGAGUGACAGAGUUCAACGUCCAGUUAUUCACAGACAUUUUUAAAGGCGCACAUAUUAACAAAUUAGUCGUGUUAGUUGUAGUAUUUUAUGUUUGUCUGUCCCCACAGCUACACAGCAAUAGUUUUGAUUAAUUUAUUGGCCAGAAGAUGGCAGUGGUUGCUCUGU